CAAGCCUGCCGGGAGGGGGUUUCUGUUCACAGCGCCGCAUCAAUCCUUUCAUCUGGAAACUUGAACAGAAUUUAUAUUUAUAAUAAAUAUCACUGUUUUAUUUAUUUUAAGUAAACGUAAUUAUCUAGCUAACUUCACAGGUAACCGUUGGCUCAAGGUCGUAAUUUGUACAGAAAACAGAAAAAGCUGAGUUAACAUUAUAGUUAGAUUAGCUCCGGGUCGUGCUAACAAAGAAAAUCCUUUCUCUUCAGAAAUAAUCCCCCACUACUCUCUUUUAGUUAUGAGUCAUGUGGUCGUUGAUAAUCCACACGGUCUAGAUCAGCAGCUUGCUGCCCUAGACUUGAAUUCUGCUGACGGACAAGGCGGAGGAACUGGCAGACGUUACAUUCCACCUCACUUGAGGAACAAAGAUGCUUCCAAAAAUGGAAAUGCUUAUUCCGCUGGUAGACAGUGCGGUUAUUCAGUGGCACCAGUAAAUCUCUACUCAUCUGGAUGGGAUGGUGGACGCAGCAAUGGAUUUGUGAAUGGUUACCAUGACAACCGCACCAACGGGGGCUUCGGAGGGCGUGGACCCCCUCGCAAUGAUAGAGGUGGGCGAGGCGCCUACCGUGGUAACAGGGGUGGAGGCUCGUUUAAUCAACCAUUACAAAAUGCAGGGUUUAAUAAUUAUGACAACAAAGAGGGCGGCUGGGGAGGACCUCCAAGGGAUGCUGGCUUCAACAGCUUUGGGGGACGCUCCGAUAGAUCCAAGUCUACCUUCUUUAAUGAACGUGGGUCAGGCUCAAGGGGAAGGUAUGAGCGUGGCGGCUUUUCUGGAGGCGGAAACAGCCGCUGGACGGAGGAGUCCAGAGAGGAAGACUGGUCCAAGCCUACAGCUCCCAAUGAGCGCCUGGAACAUGAGCUGUUCUCUGCGAGCAACACUGGCAUAAACUUUGAGAAAUAUGAUGAUAUUCCCGUGGAGGCCACUGGAAGCAACUGCCCGCCCCACAUUGAAAGUUUCCACGAUGUGGACAUGGGAGAGAUUGUCAUGGGUAACAUCACCCUGAGUCGCUACACUCGUCCCACUCCAGUCCAGAAACAUGCUAUCCCCAUCAUCAAGACCAAGAGAGACCUGAUGGCCUGUGCCCAGACUGGCUCUGGGAAGACUGCCGCCUUCUUGUUGCCAGUGCUGAGUCAGAUCUACAGUGACGGGCCUGGAGAUGCUAUGCAGGCAAUGAAGAACAAUGGACAGGACAAUGGAAGAUAUGGACGUCGUAAGCAGUACCCACUCUCCCUUGUCCUGGCUCCCACCAGAGAGCUGGCUCUGCAGAUCUAUGAUGAGGCGAGGAAGUUUGCGUACCGCUCACGUGUGCGUCCCUGCGUGGUGUAUGGCGGUGCUGAUAUAGGUCAGCAGAUCAGAGAAUUGGAGCGGGGCUGUCACCUGCUGGUUGCCACACCUGGUCGCCUGGUGGACAUGAUGGAGAGGGGCAAGAUUGGUCUGGACUACUGCAACUACUUGGUCCUGGACGAGGCUGACCGCAUGUUGGACAUGGGUUUUGAGCCACAGAUCAGACGCAUUGUGGAGCAAGAUACAAUGCCACCAAAAGGCAUCCGUCAGACCAUGAUGUUCAGCGCCACCUUCCCCAAAGAGAUCCAGAUCCUUGCUCGGGACUUCCUGGAGGACUAUAUUUUCCUGGCUGUUGGUCGUGUAGGUUCCACCUCAGAAAACAUUACCCAGAAGGUGGUUUGGGUAGAGGAGGGUGACAAGAGGUCCUUCCUCCUUGACCUGCUCAAUGCCACAGUUAUUCCCAGUGAGGUUCAGGAAAAUGUGACAGAGGCCCCAGAGAAGCCUGGCAAGGAUUCGUUGACUCUGGUGUUUGUGGAAACCAAGAAAGGAGCCGACGCUCUGGAAGACUUCCUUUACCACGAGGGUUACGCCUGCACCAGCAUCCAUGGAGAUAGAUCCCAGAGAGACAGAGAGGAAGCUCUGCAUCAGUUCCGCUCUGGGCGCUCCCCCAUCUUGGUGGCUACAGCUGUGGCUGCUCGAGGUCUGGACAUCAGCAAUGUGAAGCACGUUAUUAACUUUGAUUUGCCCAGUGACAUUGAAGAAUACGUUCACCGUAUUGGCCGUACGGGACGUGUGGGCAACCUUGGUCUGGCCACGUCGUUCUUUAACGACAAAAACAGCAACAUAACCAAAGAUUUGCUGGACAUUCUGGUGGAGGCCAAGCAGGAGGUUCCCUCCUGGCUUGAGAGCCUGGCCUACGAGCACCAGCACAAGAGCAGUAACCGUGGACGCUCUAAGAGGUUCUCUGGUGGUUUUGGAGCUAGAGAUUACCGUCAGACACCUGGAGGCGCUGGAAACUUCAGCAGCAGCCGUGGAGGACGCAGCACUGGAGGCCAUGGAGGAAACCGUGGCUUUGGUGGAGGUGGCUUUGGUGGCAACUUCUACGGUAAUGAUGGCUACGGAGGAAAUUACAGCCACUCUGGUAGUGUGGAUUGGUGGGGCAACUAGUCGCCAUAGGAGUAGGUUGCCAUGCCAACCUGACUCAAUGGAAACCACAUGUUAACUUAAGCCAGACCAUAACAACCCUCCCUGUGUAGCUUCACUGACACACAGUACAUUACCAACCCUGGUUCUCUGCCAUUCGCUUCUCUCAAAAUGAAGUGCAGCACGACGCAAAGGAAAGUCACCAGCACGUGCAAUGCACCGGAGACCGCAGAGAUUUGCACACCUCAGAGUGAGCAUGGAUGCUGACAUGCAUUGUCCGACAGCAACCUCGGACUUUCAUUGUUAGAAGUAUUUUUGUUCUUUUUGUGGAAAAAACCCCCAAUUGAAUAACCUGAGGAUCAUUUGUAUGUUAAUGUACUGUGCCUUUUGAAUUUAAACAGGAAAUCUGUGUUUUCAUUUCACCAGACGGACAUGGCCAAGAGCUCUAAAUUUGUUUUUACUAUUAUUUUGUUUGGUGAAAAAUAUUAGAAAGGUUAAAAAAAAAAAAAAUUAAAAGAAAAAAAAAAAAAAGCUUAGACUUAAUCAAACCUUGGCAAACACUGGGGCGUUGUGGCUCUCAAGAGUCAUGAUUCCAUUUGAACUUCAAAUUUAUUGCAGAAACAUCAUGUAGCCUUUUCUACAAACAGCUAAUGGAGCCAUUACUAUGUCGAAUACAAACUGGGCCACUCUGUGAAGCAACCGUAUUUUAAUCCUAAGGGACAAAGUUACAUUGGUUUGUUCUUUUUUGCUCACUCUAUCCUGGACAGGCUCCUUUUUAUGGAUAUGGUAGUCUUUGAAAUAGCCAUUCCUAUUGUAAUCUUAAGAAACACAGACGUCAUUAAGCUCAGUGCCAACGAUCGCUGAGGUUUAAACAAGAAUAAUCAAUGCUGGAACUUGUUACUCCACAUUUUUUCAAUUGACUUGACAGUGUUAUGGCAGCUAGUAUGUUACCAAGUGCUAGCUACAUAAAGUGGGCGGUGUUUUUUGUUUGUUUUUACUUGAGACAUUUUUGGUGCAGGUGUGUGCAAAAUUGAAAAACUCAGUCGGUUUUUUGAUUUCUUUGAUUUCUUUUUUUUCCGUUUUUUUUUUUUUUUUGUGGGGCGGGCGGGGGGAUUGUUUCUCUACAAAUGUGUAUCAAAAACAAAAAAUGCCUGCCAUCUUGAAAGUGAAGUUCAAAGUGGCUGCAUAAAGGACCACAGCAUCGGGAGGGCGUGGCGUGGUGUUAGUGUUUACCGAAUCGACCGACCGCUGCGAGGCCCACAUGGUAUUCUACGCUUGCAAGUGUUUUGUUUUUUGGUCAAGGAGAAAGGACGAAGUGAACUGAGUCGCAGGCUUAACUUAAUUACAAAACGUUUUCUCUUUUCAAGCUGCGUUGGAGGCAUGGUUCAUCUUUAAGAGACAGGCAGGAGAAUGAUCACUGAGGUUUAUCAAUUCAACAGGAACAGAGGCGGAGGGGGGGGGGUUUGAGCAGCACUCCGAGCACCGGGGUUAGGGAAUCUGGGGGUAGGCGUGGGGGGGGCGCAGUUUUCAGUGCACCGCCAUUUGUCAGUGGCUUUGGUUUCCAUUGCUGCAUAGAGUAAAUGUGGAGACGGCCAAAGACGAGGGAGUGUCCACUUCCUCCUGGAACAUUAAAGUACUGUCAGGUCCUCUGGGAGUUCAUCUGCUCUGUCAUGUAUAAAAAAAAAAAAAAAGAAUCUGUGGCUUUGUAAAGUCAGAGCAGGCUUUUCCUCUCAAAGAGGAGCAGCCAUCGAGAGGAGGAGAGACGGGGCGUUUCACCUCAAAAAAUGCUCCGGUUUUCUCAACGGGUGUGUUGUGCCUUGAAAACCUUUUUUUUUUUUUUUUUAAGAAAUUGAACUAAAAGCGGAUGCACUGACAGUGUUGAGAACUUGAGAUUGAAUGGUGCUACUUGAUUUAGGUGUGUAGACCCUUGUACGUCGUGCCCAUCAAGUUUUACAAAAGUUAUUUUAUUGCACAUCUAGAGUUUUAUAUAGAUGUCUUGGAUGAUAUGUGUCCUUAAGCUUCCAAAUAUUGUGUGUGAGGAGAUUGUGAAAAACGCAGCUUGUUUACAAAGGGGAAGGGUUCUCAACGUUUAAACCAGGAUUUAUUUGGGACCAGGGGAUUUAGCAGUCGGGGGAAUUUAGCCAUUUGCACAGAUUUCUAGAUUCUACUUUUGCUGCUAGUUUUGUGUAAUUUAUUAAGCAUUUUUGACAAAUAUUUAUUUUUGUAAGCCUCAAAGUGAUUCUUUGAAAGUUUCAGAAACUUGACCAAAAGACAGUACAAAAAACACUGGCACUUGAAUGUUGAAUGUCACCUGUAUGCGUGAAAUUUAUAUAUUUCGGGGUAGUGUGAGCUUUUUAAUGUUUAAGAUACAUUGGACUCAGUAAAUAUCCACAGCUGUUUCAGGGCCUCCUCGGGGCCGGUCAUCUCUACUAGAUUAAACCAAUUGGUCAACAAAAUUUGAAAUGGAAUUGAACAAACAUGCCAAGGUUUGGAAUGAAGCUGUCAAAAGAGCAAAUAAAUUUCCUAAGCAUAUCAGUGCAGAAGUGUUCGGAUUCUCCAAUUGUGUGCAUUAUUGAUUCUUUACUCUAAUUUGACCUGAUAAUUAUUUUUCUCCAGUGAAUGUCUGGCACAUGGCAAUCCUUAAAGAAACAAACAUGUGGUUUAUUCUAAUUGUUGUAUUUGCAUAUAUUAUAACUCUGGAGUUCUCCUUGAAUGUGGAGCACGUCUGCUGCAUUGAUUUCUGAGGCAGCUGCCGGCGCUGUUCAGGAUGAACGGCAGGGUUCUGCAUGUCGAUGCGGGCAGGACCCGAGACUUGUUCCACGUCCACUAGAGAACCCUGGAGCUCUUUAGAUGUAGACUUUGCUUUCUGUAUUAGCUUCUAGGCUACUGCACUGCAUGGGAAAUACUCAGCUGUGCAAUUGUAUGAUUUUACCAAAAUAAAAUGUUUUGAAUGCAAAAAUGAUCUGGAAAAGUCCAGCAUGUUUCCUGAAAAUGUGUUUACUGUAGUUGUUGAUAAGAGAACCUGUAGCAAGCGGCCUGUUGCCUUGUGUGGAUACAAGGCCAUGCGGGCGGCAAAAUUCAAAUUGGUAUAGAUUGGAUGGGCUUAAUUUCUUUUGAAGACGAUAUAUAAAGAUUUCAUUUGUAAA